ACACACCACUCCCUGUUUUUGCCAAAAUUAAACUAAAAAACAAACUCACGCUUCUCAAGGUGAGAGCUUUGAACUCUGCAAAACUCCUCUCUCUAGAUCUAUCUCCUCAUUUCUGCUGCUCCUCUCGCUAACCCUAGAGACAUAUCGGAGAUGGCUUACUCCGUAUCCGGAAUACGGCUUCCUUGUGUGCCGCCAGUCUUCAGGUCCGCUCACUCUAGCUUCAAUGGCGAUCGGAGGAGCUCGAGUUUCUCUCUUUUGUUGAAGAAGGAUCAAUUUUCUCGUAAGAUCUUUGCUGGAAAAUCUUCUUAUGAUUCGGACUCCUCGUCUUUAAUAGUUGCUGCAUCUGAGAAAGUCCUUGUUCCUGGUGGUCAAGGUGAUAGUUCUUCAACCUCAACAGAUCAACUGGAGACUCCCGGCACUGUUUCUGAUGAUCCUCAGACCAUCCAUGAUGAAGAUAGCAGUGAAGUGGAAGAUGAGGAAAAGGUUGAGAAUGGAGAUGCAGAACCUGUUCACUCUGUAUUGGAAGAAGAUAAUGGGAAGGGUGAGGAGCCAACUGUUCGUCUACAUACAGAAAAAAAACCAAAAUCCAUUCCUCCUCCUGGUGCUGGACAGAGAAUAUAUGAAAUAGAUCCAACCUUGUUGGGUCAUCGUGAACAUCUAGAUUACCGGUAUUCUCAGUACAAAAGGAUGCAUGCAGAAAUUGACAAGCAUGAGGGUGGUUUAGAGAUGUUUUCUCGUGGUUAUGAGAAGUUUGGGUUCACAAGAAGUGCCACAGGAAUAACUUAUCGAGAAUGGGCACCAGGAGCUAUGAAUGAGUUUGGCAUCUGGGAGAUCUUUUUGCCAAACAAUGCUGACGGUUCUCCCCCAAUUCCCCAUGGUUCUCGAGUGAAGGUUCGCAUGGAGACCCCAUCUGGUAUCAAAGAUUCUAUUCCUGCUUGGAUCAAGUUUUCUGUCCAAGCACCUGGUGAGAUCCCAUACAAUGGCAUAUACUAUGACCCCCCAGAAGAGGAAAAGUAUAUAUUUAAACAUCCCCAGCCAAAGAAACCAAAAUCACUUAGAAUUUAUGAGUCACAUGUUGGAAUGAGUAGCACGGAGCCAAUAAUUAAUACAUAUGCCAACUUUAGAGAUGAUGUGCUUCCUCGAAUUAAAAGGCUUGGAUAUAAUGCUGUUCAGAUCAUGGCAAUUCAGGAGCACUCAUAUUAUGCUAGCUUUGGGUACCAUGUGACAAACUUUUUUGCACCUAGCAGCCGCUUUGGAACACCUGAUGAUCUAAAGUCUCUGAUAGAUAAAGCUCAUGAAUUGGGCCUGCUUGUUCUCAUGGACAUUGUACAUAGCCAUUCAUCUAAUAAUACAUUGGAUGGGCUGAACAUGUUUGAUGGAACUGAUAGUCACUACUUCCACUCUGGAUCGAGGGGUUAUCAUUGGAUGUGGGAUUCUCGCCUUUUUAACUAUGGAAGUUGGGAAGUAUUAAGGUUUCUGAUAUCAAAUGCAAGAUGGUGGCUCGAGGAAUAUAAAUUUGAUGGAUUUAGAUUUGAUGGUGUGACUUCAAUGAUGUACACUCAUCAUGGGUUGCAGGUAGCAUUUACUGGAAAUUACAAUGAAUACUUUGGAUUGGCAACCGAUGUAGAUGCUGUUGUUUACCUGAUGCUGGUUAAUGAUAUGAUUCAUGGGCUCUACCCCGAUGCUGUCACCAUCGGUGAGGAUGUUAGUGGAAUGCCAACAUUCUGCAUUCCUGUCCAAGAUGGUGGCGUGGGCUUUGAUUACCGACUGCAAAUGGCCAUUGCCGACAAAUGGAUUGAGCUUCUUAAGAAGAGGGAUGAAGACUGGAGGAUGGGUGACAUUGUCUACACGCUUACCAAUAGGAGAUGGUUGGAAAAGUGUGUUGCAUAUGCUGAAAGUCAUGACCAAGCUCUAGUUGGUGACAAAACAGUAGCUUUCUGGUUGAUGGAUAAGGACAUGUAUGAUUUUAUGGCUCUUGAUAGACCAACAACUCCCCGCAUAGAUCGUGGGAUAGCAUUACACAAAAUGAUUAGGCUUAUUACCAUGGGACUAGGUGGAGAAGGAUAUUUGAAUUUCAUGGGAAAUGAAUUUGGACAUCCUGAGUGGAUUGAUUUUCCAAGGGGUGAUCAGCAUCUUCCUAAUGGAAAGGUUAUUCCUGGGAACAAUUGCAGUUAUGAUAAAUGCCGUCGUAGAUUUGAUCUUGGUGAUGCAGACUAUCUAAGAUAUCGUGGAAUGCAAGAAUUUGACCAAGCAAUGCAGCAUCUUGAAGAGAAGUAUGGGUUCAUGACUUCUGAGCACCAGUACAUAUCGAGAAGGGAUGAAGGGGAUAGGAUAAUUAUCUUUGAAAGGGGCAACCUGGUUUUUGUCUUCAAUUUUCAUUGGAGUAGCAGCUAUUUUGAUUACCGAGUGGGCUGCUUAAGGCCAGGAAAGUAUAAGAUCGUAUUGGACUCAGAUGAUCCCUUAUUUGGGGGCUUCAAUAGGCUUGAUCACAAUGCUGAAUACUUCAGCAUGGACGGAUGGUAUGAUGACAGACCACGUUCUUUCUUGAUAUAUGCACCGUCUAGAACUGCAGUUGUAUAUGGGCUAGUGGAAGAUGAAAAUAAAGAGCCAGAACCCAUUGUAUCAGUAGGAGAACCCAUUGCACCCGUGGAGGGUGAAGAAGAAGAAGCAGAAUCUGAAUCAAUUUAUGGCUAAAAUCAAAUUUCAUCACAGAUUCUGCUGAUUUGCAGUGACUUCAAAAAUCUCAUUGUUGACCUUUGGCAUUCAAGACUAAUUUUGACAAACAAAUUCUGUACACUACCAGCACAGAAUAAUAUCAUCUUGAAGGUUGGCAGUUCGCCAGGAGAUGCAACAAUUGAGACGAACAUAGAGUAGACGCGGACACGAGCAAGAACAUGGAGCAACAUGAGGCAACCUUUAUUAAGUACAUAAAAGCCAGUUUGCUGUUCCUUGAUUCUGUAAAUCCUAGUUAUAAUCAUAUAAAUGUAAUGUCAGACCUACUAAGAGCAGUGAGCGUAGUGUUAAACCUGAACUCGUCGAAGAAGCAGCCGGUGGAAUGUGAAGCCAAGUGAAUGAUGCAAUAAACUCAGUAUAACCCUUUCACUGUUUACAUAUUUGCUACUGUUUUCCUUUGAUCAAAAUUCAGCAAGUGCAAAUAUCAUAUUUUCAAGAAAAGAACUAAUAAUUG